CACUUUCCUCCAGCCCUGUCAUUUCAGCUCUGACACCAAGGCGAGAGACUGGGAGGUCUACAAAUAACGUCUGGGUAGCCGGUGUGAGUACAGAGGGUAUUGGGGGGGCUUAGCCCCCAAGGAAGAGGACCAGUCCUCCCCCAGCACCACCAUCAAGACCCCAGGGGCUCCCUCUUCCCUCCACAGACUGUGGACUGACUUAGGGAAUCCCAAACGAUGACAGAAAAGGAGGUGCUGGAGUCCCCUAAGCCCUCCUUGCCUGGAGAGACUCGGCAAAGUGGGCUACAGCGGCUGAAACAGUUAUUCAGGAAGGAGUCUCCGGGAACAAAGGAAAUGGAGCUUCCCCCAGAACCCCAGGCCAAUGGGGAGGCAGUGGGAGCUGGUGGGGGGCCCAUCUAUUACAUCUAUGAGGAAGAAGAGGAAGAAGAAGAGGAGGAGGAGGAGCCCCCCCCAGAACCUCCUAAGCUUGUCAAUGAUAAGCCUCACAAAUUCAAAGAUCAUUUCUUCAAGAAGCCCAAGUUCUGUGAUGUCUGUGCCCGGAUGAUUGUGCUCAACAACAAAUUUGGGCUUCGCUGUAAGAACUGCAAAACUAACAUCCAUGAGCACUGUCAGUCCUACGUGGAGAUGCAGAGAUGUUUCGGCAAGAUCCCCCCUGGUUUCCAUCGGGCCUAUAGCUCCCCACUCUACAGCAACCAGCAGUACGCUUGUGUCAAAGAUCUCUCUGCUGCCAAUCACAAUGAUCCUGUGUUUGAAACCCUGCGCACUGGGGUGAUCAUGGCAAACAAGGAACGGAAGAAAGGCCAGGCAGAUAAGAAAAAUCCUCUAGCAGCCAUGAUGGAAGAAGAGCCAGAGUCUGCCAGACCAGAGGAAGGCAAAACCCAGGAUGGAAACCCUGAAGGGAAUAAGAAGGCUGAAAAGAAGACACCUGAUGACAAAGUGAGACUCCUUUUCCCUGCAGGGACCCCAGUCCUCUCCCCAACCCAGCACAAGCAGCCUGGCUUCCAGCAGUCUCAUUACUUUGUGGCUCUUUAUCGGUUCAAAGCCCUGGAGAAGGACGAUCUGGAUUUCCCGCCUGGAGAGAAGAUCACAGUCAUUGAUGACUCCAAUGAGGAAUGGUGGCGGGGGAAAAUAGGGGAGAAGGUUGGAUUUUUCCCUCCAAACUUCAUCAUUCGGGUCCGGUCUGGAGAGCGUGUGCACCGCGUGACCAGAUCCUUCGUGGGAAACCGCGAAAUUGGGCAGAUCACUCUCAAGAAGGACCAGAUCGUGGUCCAGAAAGGAGAUGAAGCCGGCGGCUACGUCAAGGUCUACACCGGCCGCAAGGUGGGGCUGUUUCCCACCGACUUCCUGGAGGAGAUUUAGGUGUGCCGGCGCCUGCGGACGGGAUAUACCCAGGCCCCAUUCUGGGCAGGCCCAGUGGAGGUUGGGGAGGAAAGGGGCGAAAGCAACUAUGCUGGAUGGGGGAGGGGAGGGAAAGCCCGCCGGAGCUAGACGGGGCUUCGGGUUAGGGACUGGUUCCUGCCCCCCUCCCCCGGCCUCGGGCUUUGGAUACCUGGCGGGCAGAGCCGCCUCACCUGCAACUCCUCAGCCCAGCCCUUGAGAGCUGGAAGAAGAAGAACGCGUCUCCACCAGGAGGCGCCCCGGGGGUGUGGGAGGAAAACGGUCGAACGCUGCGACUGUAUUAAAGUUUUGAAAAAAGUUA